AUGUUUUGCUGGGGGGAUGAUGGGUAUUCAAUCAACAUAUCACAACGCGAUCCCACAACUAAGUUGCCGCUCAAUAAAACUGUCUCUUCUGCAAGUUUCUAUUCGUAUAGAAUAAUGAUUAAAGAAGGAGAAGAUAAGUAUUUAGUCAACUAUCGUGCCCUUUAUAGUCAAUAUUUCGUGGAUGAAUACGCCAAAAUAGAAACAGAGAGAUUAAAUUAUAUCAAAAAUAAACAAGCCAAAUUACGUGCUGAUAGUUACAUACAUUUAAAAGAUGCUAUUGGACGAUAA